GAGGGAGUGAAGCUGCACUGACCCUGAGCCAGUCCUUACUGCUCAGCCCUGAAUCAUUUCACAUUAAAACACAUCACAUUAGAGCAUAAGGAAACUCCCAAUACUCAAGUAGGAUUGUUUAAGAGAGAGAAAAUAAUGGUUGAGUAUUUAAUGUUUUUUUUUUUUUUCAUAUAAACAAGAGUUCAUGUUUGGAAUACAGAAUUAAUUUUUAAAACAGGGAACAAUUAUGAAAAAGCACAGGAGUGCUUUUUCUUAAUGCGUUUGGUAAAGUGUUCAGAAAGAAUAAGACAUAGUAUAUGUGUGUAUUUAUACAGUAAUGCUCACUGAGGCCUGCAGAGGGCAGUGUGUGUCUCUUAAAAUAUUGGCUUGUCCAGACUGCUCACAUCGCUAAUCUCUUAAAGUCUUCAGCUUUCCAACCUCACUCACAAAUGAUCUUUCCUCAAAUCAGCUCGCACAUACUGCUCAUCCCUGCUAUAGGGUGAAAAAUCAAUGUCACACCCUGUUUAUCGCGUCAUAUGCACAUCCUGGAAAUCACAGAACCUCUUAAGCAUACGUUAAUUUUUUUUUUUUUUUUUUUUUUAAUGUUAAAAUGUAAAGGAGAAUAUACAUUAAAUGUGAUAUAACCAGCAAUUGCGAGAUAAACGGGGGAACGGGGGAUCCACUGUAUAGAGCAAUACUCUAAUGGAAUUAGUGGACUAAAGUCAGUCACACCUCUACUUUCUUCCAAAUAACGCACAUUUCAUUCAUAAUAUUAUAAAUACAGGCCUAUAGUUCCUGCACAUUUUUGUUUUUCUGAAUUGUGUGAAAUGGCUAAUAAAAAUAGGUAAUACAAAACGAUUAUGUGGUCACCAAGCUGAAAUGGUUUAGUCUUGACUUCUGGUCGUGAGUGACAGUGUUGGGGGGGGAUGGGAAAUCUGUUGAUUGUCGAGUCCCAAAUAAACACAGAGAUGGACAGGACAAGGCCAAAGCCAUCAGGUGCCCAGUUUAGAAAAAAAAGAAAAGAAAAAAAAAGAAAAGAAGAAGAGGAGAAACGAGCAAAAGAAAAAAGAGUGUAAAAUUUUGAACCCUGUUUAUGCAACGGCAUAUACUUCAGUGUUGCUGCCAUGCUCUGAACAUUCACUGCAAAACAGACCUGAUCGAGUUACUUGGAAAAUCGUUACUGGUCAACAAUCAACAGAAAUAACCCAAUAUCGCCCUCCACACAAGCCCUCAAACAGCAAAGAGAGAGUCCCGAGGCCUCUGUAUGAGAGAGCGAGAAUACUAGGGAAUGGAUCUCUGCUUAUAAGGGAUGCAGUAAACACUGAUGGAUCAUGGUAUAAGUGCAGAGUGAAUGAAACAACCUGCUAUGAGGUGAAGCUGGUGAUGAAAGAUUAUGGGACAUCUCAGUCAACAACAAAAUUGGAAACACUUUCCACAACUUGUCCUACCUGUCACACAGUGGCGACACAGAGACCCUGCAAGCAGGUCCAUCAGUUGAACAUAAAUUAUGUUGAGGGUGACAAUAUGUCUAUUUCUUACCUAACCACAACCCACCCGCUGGAGUCUCUGACAGUGAAACUACGCAGAACUGACCCGGUUCAACACAUCCUAAUUUAUUCGGACACCUCUCCAGCAUCAGAGCAUCAGAGAUGGUCUCUGAGAAAUUAUUCUGGAAGUGUUACACUUUACCUAAAAGACAUCAGUUUAUCUGAUCAAGGCCGUUAUGAAUAUGAAGUCUACAAAGAUUGGGACUGCCUUAAUGCAACUCUUCUUAACCUGAGAGUCAGAGAGUGUAAAACUUUGGACUUUGUCCAUGCGACUCCAGACUCUUCAGUGUUGCUGCCAUGCUCUGAACAUCCUGUACAAAACAGAACGGAUCAAGUGACUUGGAAAAUCUUUCAUGGUCACCAAUCAACAGAAAUAACCCAAUACCGCCCUCCAAACAAGCCCUUAAACAGCACAGAGAGAGACCCGAGGCCUCUGUAUGAGAGAGCGAGAAUAAUAGGGAAUGGAUCUCUGCUUAUAAGGGAUGCAGUAAACACUGAUGGAUCAUGGUAUCAGUGCAGAGUGAGUGAAAAAACCUGCUAUGAGGUGAAACUGGUGAUGAAAGUGAUCACAGAUGCUCCAACCCCAGCUGACAGUCCUGCAGAAGUAACAGCUAAUCUGAUAGCAGUACUGAUGGUCACAAUCGUGUAUCUGGGUGCCUUCAUAACACUGAUCAUCUGUGUGACUCUUUAUUUCAAAAAGGGAAGGAGCAAAAUCAAUAACCAAAUUGAAUUGGACUGCUGGUCUUCCGUAUCUUAUUCUGAAAUUUCUGGAGGGUUUGAUGUCCCAUUCAAUUCUUUAGUUCUUUAAAACAACACAUGAAUCAUGACCUCCUGACAGACUGUGACUGAAAUGUUUUGUGAGAGACAGUCACAGAUGACACUGAUCAGAUGACUGAGAUCUCAUACAAGGGCUACAAGAAUUAGAAAUUUGAAGACAUUAGACAUUAUAGAUUUUGCUCUCAUCCUUAGCAGCAGCUUUAUUUUCAUUCUUUUUCUUCAGAAAUCUGGACAAGUUGAACAUUAUCAUCAUAUUCAAGUGAAACCAGAGGCACUCUUUAAAGGCUGAACCUUUUUGUGUUUUACAAAGAGUCAAAAUCCACACACAGUGUAUAACACUGAUUCAUCCCAAUCUGUGGAAAUUAUCGCUUAAUAUCAAUGUUGUACUACUGCUACUGUAUUAACACAUAGCUGAAAAUAUUUUAAUGUAUUUUAUCUCUGUUUUCAUGAAUGGCUUGGUAUUACUAUGAAAAUGCCUUUUCUAUGCAUUUUAACAAAUAAAACAAUUUAAAUACAA